AUUAACUUACAGCGUUGACCCAAUUACAGUUGAGCCACGUGCCAAAACCAAAUCUAUUCUCACAAAACGCAUAGCUCUUCCGAUGCGUAUUCGGUGAGUUUUGCGCAUUCUGCAUGUGUGUGUGUGUGUAACUGAGUAUCCCAACUAUUUGCAUCUGAAGACGGAACCUAACCGCCCCGCGGGCCAUUGGUUACUCAUCGAUUGUAGUGCUGAGCAGCAUGAAAAGGAAUGGGAGAAGCAUUUAUUCACUUGGCUCCCUUUUACACACCUGUAUGUGUCCGUUUUUCUUCUUCCUCUUCUUCUUCAACGGUGCACUAUGGCUAGAGAUCAUCAAUCUUGGCCAUAGUCUCUCCACCUCUCCGUCUACAAACACACUCGCGCAUUCUAUCUCUCCUCCCGCCGGUUGCAAGUCGUCCACUUUGUGAUUGUGUGUGUUCGAGCAGCUAAUAAUUCAAUUAGACAUAAUUGUUGAUCGACUUCUCGAGAUUGGUUCACCUUUGCCGGGAGAAAGAAUCAUCACCCGCCCAGCACCCCCAUCGCGGCGCGCCUGUGUGUGCGUAAACGGUUGAACACGCGCCUACCCCGACCGGCGGGCGUGCAUGCAUGCCAUCCAGUCCAGUCUUGAAGCUCGCGCCGAGAACAGGCGCGCCUACUUUGCCUUUGCUCUCAGCAGUACGCUACCGUCUCGAGUUGCUUUGUGUUUUUGUGUGUGUGUGUGUCUAGUUUCCUCCCUUGCUGCUCUCCCGCCUGUGGUACGUAGUGCAGUGCGGCGGAGCAAUGGCAUUGCGGUGGAAAGUGUUUUCCCUCGCAACCGUGUGGUUGCUUGCUGCUGCCCAAAAUCACGACCCCACAAUGUCGCGAAUGGUGCGUGACGCAAUCGAAGCAGGCGGUAACGGCCAACGAUCAAUCUCGACGACGACUGUAAGCUCGAACACCACCACCACCACCGCGUCCGAUACGACGACGGACGAUAGUGAUCCGCGCUGCACCAACGUGGACAUCCGGAACGAUCUGCGGCGCCUGAAGCAGAUCGAAAACUGCACCGUAAUCAAUGGGUUCCUGCAAAUGGUACUGAUCGAGCGCGUGCCGAGCGAGGAGUUUGAAAAGUACAGCUGCAAGAACCUGAGAGAGGUAACGGGUUACAUGCUGUUCUUUCGCGUCAUCAAUCUCGUGACCCUGCGGCGACUAUUUCCGCAGCUGGCGGUCAUCCGCGGGCAGCAGCUGAUCGGCAACUAUGCGCUGGUGUUUUACUACAUGGAGAACAUGAUCGAGCUUGGACUGAAGAACCUGGUAGCAAUCCAGCGCGGCUUCGUGUACACACUGCACUGUCCUCAGCUAUGUCACCUAGAUACGAUUGAUUGGGCCGCUAUCAGUGGGCUGGAGAAUGGUACUAAAAGCCAGAACUCGUUCGAACCGCCCAAAUCGGUGUGCAACAACUCGACGGUGUGCCGGGCCUGCGUACCGACCUACUGCUGGGGCAGCGAAAGCUGCCAAAAGUUCUACAAUGGCUACAAUUUUAAUGGUCGCAUCAAGUGUCACCCACAGUGCCUGGGAGGGUGUACUGGAACGUCUGCGACCGAGUGUAAGGUGUGCCGGGGUUGGAAGGAAGGCAAACGAUGCGUCGAGCAGUGUUCCGCUGAUCGCCUACUGUACCGCCCAACGAAGCGCUGCAUCACGAAGGAAACCUGCCUGGAGCGGAGCGGGCUGCUGUACCAGAACGAGUGUGUGCUCGAGUGCCCGGCCGGCUACAGCACGACCAACGUAGACCAGGAGCAGGCCGAUUUUUCCGACCACAAGUGCUACCCCUGUCUGUACCGGUGCCCGAAGGUGUGCGACGGCACCGAGAUUAUGUAUCUGGCCGAUGCCGAUCGGAUGCGCGGCUGCACGAUCGUGAACGGUACGCUGCACAUCCGGCUGAAGGAGGACCACCCGAACCUGGUCGACGAGCUGCGGAACGGGCUGAGCGAUGUGGAGGAAAUUAUGGGCAAUCUGAAGGUGUUCCGCUCCACCUUCAUCCCGUCGCUCGAGUUUCUCGCCAACCUGCAGAUCAUCCACGGGGUGGACGUGAACGAGAACGCCAAGUUUUCGCUGAUGGUGUACGAAAACAGCAACCUGCAGCGGCUGUGGAACUUUGAGCAGAAAACGAACCUCCGGCUGGACAACGGCGGCAUGUACUUCGCCAACAACAAGCUGCUGUGCGGUGCUCAAAUCAAGCUGCUGCGCCGCAUCACCGACUACAACAAUGCGAGCGACACGAUCGACUGGAGUUCGAACGGGUACAUGCAGGCGUGCAACGUGCAAACGUUCCACGUCCGCGCGUCAGUCCUGUCGAGCCGGAACGCGACACUCUACUGGCGGAACGAGCCCAACAUCAAGACGCACCACCGGCUGACGGGCUACCUGGUCCACUGCAUCCGCACGGAGGUGGACCGCUCGCCGUACGAGGACCGGGAGCUCUGUUCCAAGUUUGGCUGGAAGUCUCGGCUGGUGCCGCUGGAGGGCGUCAGCAUCGAGGGCAGCUACUACGCGUACCGUUUGACCCGGCUGAAGCCGUACACCCGGUACGGGUGCUACGUGCAGACGUACUACAACGAGUCGGUCAACAAUGCGACCGACCCGGUGGGCAUGUCCGACAUGGUGUACUUCCGCACGGCCAAGGACCGGCCGACGUCGCCGCUGCGCGUGCACACGGCGCGCAAGAACGAGAGCGCGAUCACGCUCGCCUGGGUGAUACUGGCGUCCGAGCAGGGCAUGGUGUCGCUGUACCAGGUGGACGUGUUCCUGCAGCCGGACGAGGUGGCCAAGUUCGACCGGCGCAACUACUGCACGCAUCCGCAUCAGGCAAGAAGCAUGCACAGUGAGCAGGCGCCGGGUGAGGGAAGCUGCACCCGGGACACGUGCUGGGGCUGCGAUCAGCUCGAGUACGAACAGGAGCUGGAAGAGGAGGAGGAAGAGGAAGAGGAUGAGGAUGAUGAGCUGACGACACCGGAUGACUUUUUUGCCGAGCACACGUCGUCGGAGGAUGGGGGUCGUAUUGGAGGGCGCCGUCGGAGGAAGCGAUCCACCGAACGGCCUGGUCGCCGCCAGGUAGAUGACUUUGAGACGAGCAUGCUGAAGUUGCUCAAGGUGGCCGACAGGCAUGAGGAUCAUUACGCGCGGCGUAUGCGCCGCGACGCAGCAACGGAGAUCGAGUUUGUGAAUCGACUCUUUUACCACACCUUCACGACGGACAAUUACGAGUACACGGUGGCGGGGCUGAGUCCGUUCACGCGCUACGUGUUCCAACUGUUUGCGUGCAGCGAGAACGAUGCCGUGUACUGCAGCUCGUACAGUCUGUACACCGAUCGGACCAACCCGUCGCCGUACGUCGAUCGGGUUAAUGUGAGCGUUGAAAUGAAGGAGCAAGAGAUGGCACCAACCGGCCCCGAACUGAUGGCACCUAAAAACCACAGCUCCGAGGAAGGAAACACGACCGCCACCAUCACCACCACAACGACGCCCCCUGUCUCGAUCGUAAAGACGACGUACGGCGAUCGUAUCGUGCUGUACUUUCCCGAACCGACCGAAGUGAACGGUCUCACCGUGGCUUACCGCGUCGAGCGGGAAGUUAUCAAUGGGACGUACCUGAAGCGGCGCACGGAUUGCUUCACGCGGCUGGAACACGAGCGCAACCAGUAUCGCUACACGAUCCAGGGCGUUACGCCCGGCGAGUAUCUGCUUCGAGUGCAGGCGAUCUCGCUAGCCGGAGCUGGCCCGUUCUCCGAGUGGAUGCUUGUGCGGGUGCUUGAGCCAUUGCCACGGAAGGCGGUGGGCUCUGGGAAAGGGUUGCGCGAUGGAUUGAUUGCGCUGCUCGUGCUGCUACUGUUGGGCGGUGGUGGGGCGCUAGCGUUCUACCUUUGCCGGCGUCGUCGGCGAACGUUCCGGCGGGACGAUAAGAUACCGCUCGCCGUCAAUGAUGGCAAUGAGAUCAAUCUUGACGAUGGGUUUGUAAACUGCCCGUUGAAGUAGUAACGCUCAGCUAACGCAAAGACCAAAAUGUGCCAAAUAGGUCAAUUGCAUCUCACCAAAAUUUGAUUGCCAUUUUUUGCUAAACAUUUAAGAGUGGAAGCGUUUCAUCAUUUAAGUAGCACACAUAGGCAACCGUUUUACGUAGUAAUAGGUUUGCUGUCCGUCUUAUCCUGCAGCUCUUCCUUCCAGUGUAUAAUUAAUUGUGUGAUUUUAAACAAUGCAGGUCAUAACAGCGUGUUUUUUUAAGGUAAAUUCAAACAUAUGAUCGUCAAACUAACAAACGAUCAUUCUUAGCGGACAGCGACAGGACCUUUGCCAAACAAAAUGCUGCUUGGAGAUUAGAUAGGAGCAAAAUUAAAAUAAGCAAUAAGAGACUAACAGGAAAACGUAAACGAUGAAAGACAUGCUCGCCUUAUUGGUAGGAAUAUUGCACAUAAAUCAGAAAUGGAAUCUAUUUUCAUCCAGACCACGCGUCCCCCUAGCAGGAAAGCCUGCAUAUCUUGAGUGUCCUCUUACCUGGUACAAACAAGGCUUUUUCUAGAUCUAGAUCAACCCUCUGCCAUAAGUCCCACUAAUAGACUAAACCUUUCUAUUUCGUUACUUUAUUGAUUUUACCCAUGGCAGGAUCGUCACAGACUCGCGUAUGAAAGGCUCUCGGGCGGUCUAUACGGACUUACAAGCCCAAAAAACCGCCAUGACCACACUAAAUAGAAUGAAGAGAAAAUUGUACAAGAAACAUACAGCUAGAUUGCUUUCUACAAAUCAAAGACUUGCACUACCAUGUCAAAUAGGGUUAAUUAGUAAUCACGCAUCGGUUACCACAGUAUACUCGUUCGUUUCAUUUUAGAGUAAACAAAUUUUAUAUUCAAACGUGUAUUGUAAGAUACAGAGUUUUCCAAGAGUUCUCAUAGCUGUGGGACACUUUAUUGACUCUUUAAUGAAAUGAUCAUAAUACAAUGGGAAUUGGACUCUAUAGCACUCUUGUUGGCAAAAUCCAAUAGGAAUUUCCGAAGCAGCCUGUCCAAAAAGGGUGCCAUAGGGUGCCAUUCGCUAAGGAAUUCCAGUCCAAUUUCCAACAUAUGAUGUUCACUUCCCUUAAGAAAGAAUCAAGGAAGUGUCCCACAACUAUGAGAGACCCCUAGAAAACCCUGUAAACAAUCAAAGACAAGCCAAAAUAGGCAUUUACAUGAAACCAAAUAUUCAAAUUCGAAUGCCACAAUGUGUGGGACGAAUUGUAUUCUUCCUUGAUUUUGUUUUAAAUAUCAUUACUAGUUUAGCAUCCCUGUGAAUAGCUCAAUAGCGGACACCCUCUACUCUAGGGUAAAAAUAAAUAAAAUUUAGUUUUGCUCUAUUUCUCCCCUCAA